CGUCAUAACCCGCGCGCCGUUUCAGCCAGUUGAGGUCUGCUGAGAUCAUUGCUUCUGCUAGAACUCCCACAAGUGAAGUAAAAAGGUCAAUUAAACACCGAGGGCACAAAUGGUCUUGAAUCACAAAGCAUCCAGAAAAAUAAGAGACCAGAUAGAAGACGAUGAGGAGAGUUAACAACUGAGCUAAGAAGAGGAGAAACAUCAUGAUGUUGAAUCUGAUGUGAGUGUUUCCUUCAUUUUUUUUUCCCAAAACUGAACAUCUGCAUUCAGUGUGCAAAACAGAAACGUGAUGGAGCACGAGGAAAAUCCCGAACAAAAGACUCACAGAUGUGAUCUCUGUGGGUGGACUUCUUCAAAACAAAAACGCAUGGACACUCACAUGAGAUUUCACGCUGGAAAGCCGCAUGUAUGUGAUCAGUGCGGGAAGGGUUUCACAAGAAAAAGUGUCCUUAACGUGCACAAAAACAUCCACACCGGAGAGAAUCUGCACACGUGCGAUCAGUGCGGGAAGAAAUUCACACUGAAAACAACCCUGGAAUCUCACAAGGCAAUCCACUCUGAAGAGAAACCGCACACUUGUGAUCACUGUGGGAAGAGUUUUGCUUCUCUUAAUAAGCUGAAAUCGCAUAUGCUUAGUCAUUCUACAGAAAAACCAUUUGUGUGUGAUGAGUGCGGUAGUGCGUUUAAUACAAUAAGUAAUCUGAAUGAACACAAGAAAAUUCAUUUAAAAGUGAAGCCUUACACGUGCUCCCUAUGCGGAAUGAGUUUUCGCCAUCGCUAUAAUUUCAAUGUACACCAGAUAAGACACAGCGGCGUGAAGAAUCAAGUGUGCUUCGUUUGCGGGAAGACUUUUGUUACAGAUAGCGAAGUGAAACUGCAUCAGAGGCUCCACACUGGAGAGAAGCCGUACAAGUGUUCGCACUGCGACAAGAGCUUCAGUCGAUCUUCUACUUUGAAAAAACAUGAGCGGAUCCACACUGGAGAAAAACCUUUCAAGUGUUCAUACUGCGACAAGAGAUGUAAUCAGUUGUCAGAUCUGUUAAAACACGAGAGGGUCCACACUGGAGAGAAGCCGUACAAGUGUUCACGCUGUGCCAGGGGAUUCAGUCAAUCUAUACAGCUGAGAAGACAUGAGCAGAAAAAAUGUCUGAAAUCAGAGCAAGAAGUCACUCUUUAAAUGGUCAGUCAUCAAGAAAUCAUUGAUCAGAUGCAAUUUGACAUUACCAAACCUGACUCAAUAUAAUUUGGAUCUUCACCGUUAAUUUGUCCUAAUUGGCAACAGGAUAAGAGACCUCAUUGAGUAAGUUUACAUGGACACCAAUAACUCCAUUUUAAUAUGAUUAAGACAAUACUCUGAUUAGGGGCUUGUUUCCACUGAGUGGUACAGUACGGUUCGGGUCGGUACAGGUCACCUUUAUCAGGCUUGCGUUUUCACUACCAAGGGUACCCUUUUGGUGGGUGUGGUGUAUAACAAAGUUUAAGUCGACGUCAUGCUCACUCGAAUAAAUGUCUACAGUAAAGCUGUACAGGUCGUUCACAAAUCAUACGAGAACCACUUCUCACAAAACAGAUGCUUUAUGCACAUAAAUACUUGUGUAGAAAUGUUUAUUACUAACUUUUCUAUGAACAUGAGUUGAUUAUAACUGCAGAUCAAUGACAGUGCGAAAUAGCCUACUGUAAUGUCUGCUAUUAUGUAAAAUAAAAAUAUAAAUGCAACAUAUAUGAGCACAUACAGACCCUUACAGUCUCUGAUAUGUUACCAACUACAGAAAACUACACACAACAGACAUUUAGUCCUUACUUAGGUUCAAAAACAACACGCAAUCAUCUGUGUCUGUAAUCUCCACCAGCACAUGUAAUCUCCUGUUAGAGAGUAAUUCUGUCAUUCCCACUUCAUAAUAGUCCAAAAGGCGAUGAUAAACAUGGCAGUUUCUUCAUAAUUCAGGUUGCUUGAUCCUGUGUUUUGUCGGGCUUCUUUUUUUCGCACUUCACUAUCACGUUUGUCCCUUGCUUUCUGAAUGGAUCAGAUGAUGGAGACACUUGAAUAAUCACCCACACUUUAUUAUCAUCAGCUUAAGAAGUUCAAUAUAUCAAAUAUAGACGCGAUCGUGAGCUCCCGGAAAAAAACGAAAACCGCUCGCACUUUAAGACGGGCUCGUAAAGCAACAAGACAUGGCUGAUUUGUUUCUUGGCUUUGUGGCUGUUCAUCAAGACAACGACAAGGUUUGUUAGAGCUCGGGUCAUCCAUGGCUCAUUAUUAUAUGCAUAUAAAUUUCCAUGUAAUGUCUUGGCUGUGUACUUAAAACAUGGCGGUUCCUUUGUUUUCAUACUGUCUAGCAUCACGAGCUCGUGAUCUAUCUCUGUAACCAAGCAGCGUUCAGCUGCAUGUGUAGCUCCACCUUUUGGUACCCUUUCUCGUCUUUGCUACCCUUUUGAAAGGGUGCCGGUAAAGUGGUAUGGUACGGUACGGUUCGGUACACUUUUUGACAGUGGAAACGGCCAUAAAAGCGUACCAAACCAUACCGUACCACUCAGUGGAAAUGGGCCAUAGGAGUCUACCAAGUAAACAGCCGUUUUAGAUUAAUUCAAUUGAGGUCAUAAUCAAACUAAACAGAAAUCGAAUGGCGAUUUUAGUCGCAUUAUUCAAGUGCAGUACAGACAUGCAAUAACUUUAAUAAAAAUAUUACCAUUUUGUAGGAUUUUCAACGCAUUUUGCGACAGGAUAGUCUGUAGAGACACGGCUGUUUGACACUAUUCUCUGCACCUACCGAGUCAGUGAAGGACCACAGACACCUGCAUAGCAAAGUACAGAGUUUUUUUUUCCCAUGCGGCUUGCGGUAGCAUUAAAUUUAAACAACACCAUUCCAGCAGUUCAUAGUCUCAUCUAAUAUCUCGUUUGUCAUGGGGCAUGCAUGAAAUGUUUCUAAGUGAAAGUGCCAAACUGCAGUUAAAGUCGAAUAGCAUGGCGAAGCAAUGAUGUUAAUCAAAUUGCGCUCUAUAACAUGUAAAUGGGAUCAUGAAAGGAACAUUCAAAAAGCAACUCAUGUAAACACCUUAAUUAUAUUAUUGUCUUAUUCAGAUUAAGGCAAAUAAUUUGAUUACUGAUGUCCAUGUAAACAUAGUCAUUUGGAGAUCUUCAGGUUCAAGUCUAAAGUUCACAUCAGCUCGACGAUUGAAUGUGCUUGUGUCUGAUUUUACUUCAUUAUAUUAUUCUAAUUAGAGCUGCGUAUGAUGGUAAUCACUGAAUAAGUUUUUAACUGUAAUAUUUUUUUUUAAUUAUGUGUAUACCGUGACUUGUAAAUAAGUGGGAGUGGCUAACUUGCAUGCAAAUAUUUGAUUUGAUUGUUAUUCAGUUUGAUAAAAGGAGUACAUUUGACAUUUUUUUUCUAGGUUAUAAGAUGAUGUAUCAAAUGAUUUAACAUACUUGUAUACAAUUUUACUUCAUUAUAUUUUUCUAAUUAAGGCUGGGUAUGAUGGUAUACUGAAGCCAACAUUUGAAGUGAAUCAAAAAGUUAACCUGAGCUGUUCUUGGACAAGAACGGAUGUUGUUUUGGUUUCAGGAAUACAUUGUUUACUCUAAUAAUUAUUAUUGAUUUUUAUUUCUGUGUACUACAACAUCACAGCUAGCUCACAUGCAGUGUCUGUAAGUGCCUGAACAAGACGCUGUUCAAGAGACUGAGUGAAGCGCUGACUGGACCAAUUGUAGAAAGAUCAGGUCAGCAAUCCUACUUCUGAUAGGUAGAUGAACUGUUUUGGAUUGCCAAACUGCAAAUUUGAGCUAAUAUCCACCUGAUGACCCACACAAAUUUCAGGACACACAAACCACGCCGGAAGUGAGGUAAACCAAUGGUUAAUAAUGGAUCUGUUUUGUAGCUUUAAAUGUAAUACGAGCUAUCCCAGCAAGGUUUAUAUGUAUAAAGUUUAACGAUUUAGAUUUAUAUGUUCAAAAUGUAUAACAAUGCAUUAAUCCAGGCUGGAAGGGAGGCGAACUAUAUGUGGUUAAUGACGGAUCAGUGGUUUUGUAGCAUUAAAUGUACUAAAAGAUAUCUAAAUAAUAUUAAUAUGAUUUUUAUGUGUAACAUGUCAAUGAUGCAUGAAAUACAACAGUAUUUGAUUUCUUUAUCGACAUUUAAUUUGAUCAAUGCAGUAAAUUGUACAAUUUUUGACUGUGUAUCUUAUGAUGAAACAUUUAGUUUGUGUGUUUUGUUACAUUUGGAAAAGAAGCUCAUAAGGCUCCACAAGGUUGAACAUCUAUUGCUUGUAUCCAUUUUGCAGCCAGUUUUAUGUGUUUGAUUAAAGUGUACUUCUUCAUAUGCAGUUGGUAAAAAAUAAAGUCAUUU